UGUACAACAUUUGUGCAUUUUUGCUGCUGUGCUUUCGCACCGAUUAUAAACAGUUUUGUACUUAAUUUAAUUUUGUGAGGUAUGGCUAACUACAACAAUCCAAAUGAUUACUCCUGGCAGGGCCAAAAUAACAGCCAGAAUUACUCUUUCAAUACCUCCAAUGCUUUUGGCGGUCAAGCUCAAACGUUGGACUUUCAGAGUUUUCCAACGGACCACCAAGACUUCUCAUUUGACCAAGCAGGACAGAAUGCAUAUCCUCCAAACAACAACCAAUACUACAAUCCAAAUAUGUUCCAACCUGCUCCAAUACCCGGCGAGCCAGCAACGGAAACCACUGACUUUGAUGAGCCACCUCUACUUGACGAGCUAGAAAUAUAUCCUGAUAGGAUAUUAGAGAAAACUCUGGCUGUCAUGAAUCCAUUCCACGGACAAUCAAAAGCUGACGAUGCCAAUUUCUUGUUAAGAGACACAGAUAUUGCUGGGCCAAUAACAUUUUGUUUAGCAUUGGCUGUGUGUCUAUUUUUAUCAGGAAAUAAAGCUCACUUUGGUUAUGUUUAUGGUCUCUCUGUAAUGUCUGUUAUAUUGAUGUAUUCUUUGCUUUCACUGAUGAGCCGUUCUGAGGGUGUGUUUACAUUACUAAGUGUUGCCAGUGUGCUGGGUUACUGUAUGUUACCUAUGGUUGUGCUGGCAGGGUUGGGUAUAUUCAUUUCCUUAGAGGGAACAAUAGGGCUUACCCUGUCAGCUGUGGCUGUAAUUUGGUCCGCCUUAUCUGCAAGCAGGUUGUUUGUGACCAUGUCUGGAGAUGCUGAGCAGAGGCCACUAAUAGCAUACCCUUGUGCUUUAGUCAAUGGAGUAUUUGCUUUAUUAGUACUGUUUUAAUUUACAACAUAAGUUUACUAGGUACUUCAUUUUGUUACUGACUUAAAAGGAAUAUGUUAUCUUAUCCUUCUAACUAGAAUUCCCAUACAAAGUUGUACACCUCUAGUAUUAGUUUUGUUUUACUAACCUAUUUUUUACCACUGACAUAGCAUGUAUAUUGUGAUGUUUUUGGGCAAAAGGCUAAAAUCUGAGGAGAUUGUUUGUUCUUGAUAAGAAUGAUCUUUCAGCUUAUUAACAACUGACAUUCAAGUUACCUUUUGCUAGGAAACCAAUUUUUGUCAUGGCAGUAUUAGAAUAAUAAAACCUAGAACACCUGUUAAUAAGUGAAGCAACAAUAUCACUAUCUUUUUUGCUAUUACAAUAAUCAAGUGCCACUGUCACUGCCAAAACUCAGUAAAUAAAUAUGGCUUCACUACUCAGUACUCAAAUUCUAGGCUUAUUUUCUAAAAUGCCAGUGUGGUUACAAAGAUUGACAGUAACAUGUGUACAUAAGGUAAACAUACUAGUGCUUGACAUGCUAAUGCCCAAUAGAUGACACCUUGCUGUCAUCUCUAUUGACAAUGACUUAAGUUUCAAGAUGACAUGUACUGGGACCACGUCAAGCACCUUACUUAUGUUGUGGUAUUUCAUACUUGAUUAAUGCAAUUUUAUCUCAUUAGCGGUAGUAGUAAACACAUCAUAUUUUCUUUGUAAAAUAAUAUUUACUCUAAGGAGGCUGAUGAUUGUUAUUGUUAACCAUAUAUUUGUAACACUAUAAAUUUCAACUAUGUAGUGUAAAUAAAAUUCCUACAUUAUU